CUCAAGAACUCCCCAUUCUCCCACUGCUUAAGUCUCUUUCCCCAUCCCCCCCCAGGCCCCAACUUCUUCUCCUCUCUAUCUCUCUCUUCCACGAUGGGGAAUUUAUGCGGUAGCGGCGACUCCGCCGAGCAGACCGCCGAUCACGGAGAGUCCGCGCCUGAUAAUGGCACCAACGAUCCUAACAGUUCUGCCGAUGAGAAUGGUUCCGCCAAUGCUCCAACUAAAACUUCAUCCACCAAUGAUUCCACCAAGCCUUCCUCGAAACAGAACCCCAUCGGCACGGUCCUGGGCCGGCCUAUGGAGGAUAUUAAACAGACCUACAACAUUGGCAAAGAAUUGGGUAGGGGACAGUUUGGGGUAACGCAUCUGUGUACACAUAAGGUAAGUAGCGAACAAUUCGCCUGCAAGACGAUCGCCAAGAGGAAGCUUGCUAGCAAGGAGGAUAUUGAGGAUGUUAGAAGGGAGGUUCAGAUCAUGCAUCAUUUGACGGGACAAUCUAACAUCGUGGAGCUCAAGGGAGCUUACGAGGAUAAGCAUUCGGUUCAUCUGGUUAUGGAACUGUGCGCCGGAGGAGAGCUGUUCGAUAGGAUCAUCGCUAAAGGCCAUUACACCGAGCGUGCCGCCGCUUCGUUGCUUCGGACCGUCGUUCAGAUUGUGCACACUUGCCAUUCUAUGGGGGUCAUCCAUAGGGAUCUCAAGCCUGAGAAUUUCCUGCUCUUGAACAAGGAAGAGGAUUCCCCUCUCAAGGCCACGGAUUUUGGUCUAUCAGUGUUUUACAAGUCGGGUGAAGAAUUCAAAGAAAUUGUUGGUAGUGCAUAUUAUAUUGCACCUGAAGUCUUGAAGAGGAAAUAUGGACCAGAAGCAGAUAUAUGGAGCAUUGGAGUUAUGUUGUAUAUUUUUCUAUCUGGUGUUCCUCCCUUCUGGGCUGAAUCCGAAAACGGGAUAUUCAAUUCGAUACUACGCGGCCACAUCGAUUUCACGAACGAUCCAUGGCCUGCAAUUUCACCUCAAGCGAAGGAGCUUGUGAAGAAGAUGCUCAACAUGGAUCCCAAACAGAGGUUAACAGCAGUGCAGGUUCUAAGUCAUCCAUGGAUCAAAGAGGACGGCGAAGCACCUGAUACACCUCUGGACAAUGCUGUGAUUUCUAGGCUCAAACAGUUUAAAGCAAUGAACAACUUCAAGAAAGUUGCUUUACGGGUCAUUGCGGGAUGCUUAUCGGAGGAAGAAAUCAUGGGGUUGAAGGAGAUGUUCAAGGGCAUGGAUACCGACAACAGCGGGACCAUAACACUAGAAGAAUUGAAACAGGGCCUUUCUAAACAAGGAACAAAACUCACUGAAUAUGAAGUUCAACAACUAAUGGAGGCCGCCGAUGCAGACGGGAACGGAACCAUAGAUUACGAGGAGUUUAUCACGGCAACGGUGCACAUGAAUCGAAUGGACCGGGAAGAUCAUUUGUACCAUGCCUUCCAACACUUUGAUAAAGACAAUAGCGGUUACAUCACGACCGAAGAACUAGAGCAAGCUCUACGUGAACAUGGAAUGCAUGACGCAAACCUAAAGGAAAUCCUUUCUGAAGUUGACGCUGACAAUGAUGGAAGGAUCAACUAUGAUGAGUUUGUGACCAUGAUAAGAAAAGGAAAUCCUGAAGUGCAGAAGAGACGUGAGUUGCAGGUUGAUAUUGAGACUGAAGAAUGAAGAUAAAAUAUAACACAAAUUCUUGUGAUCUCUCGAUCACUAUCAAGAGAAAAAUUGGGAGAGGAUGUGACAAUAUUUAGGACACGGU